GUUGCGAGGUGGAAUUUCCCAGGUUACGGCAUAGACUAGUAGACCACUUCCGCAAUAGAUGUCUGUCUGGGAAAAGAGACAAGAGGCCAGUGCGAGCUGAAAGUUUGGACUACCAUGUGUAGGAAGUGAGCAACAGAAUGGAAGGGAAAGGUCCAUAUCGCAUCUAUGACCCAGGUGGGAGUGAAGUCAAGGCCAGAGAGGAGGCUGUAGGGGGAAGCAGCUAUCGACAGCUGCUGGAGGAGAACAGUAUACUGAGGGAGCGGAUGAAAGGACUCAAGAGCUUAGGUGAUUUACUGGAAGAGUCUCAGUCGGAAGCAUGUAGGCUUCGGCAGCGAGUGGAAGAGCUUGUAAGAGACAAUGAAGCCUUAAAGUCCUCCAACUUCGCUGCCAGUCUAUGUAUGGGAGGGCCCAUUCAGACUGAAACACAAAACAGACCCUGUUUACACCCUGCUGCUGAGAAGGAGGAGCAAACUAGCUGUUUAGGGAGGACACUUCAGUCUGAGAAGCCCAAUGAGGCCUUAUCAGAAUUUGAGGAAGUGAAUUUGGAGGGAAAGAACUCGGAUGCCUUGACUGCUGGGUCAGCGGGAGGAGCGAUCCCCCUCCUUCCUCAGGAGAACAAUGAGCUGGCGAGCCAGCUGAAGAGACUGGAGAGCUCUUUUAGUAUAUUUGCAGAAGAAUCUAACCCAAACCAGCUCUUGGCUCACCUCGGCCGCAUGGCUGUGGAGUUUCACCAUCUUUCCUCUAAGGUCCAAAAGAAUGAACAGAGGACCUCCCUUCUACAGACUCUGUGUGAGCAGCUUAGACAGGAGAAUAAUGAGCUUCGAAAAAAAAUGGAAGAAGAUCAUCAUAUCAGGAAUCGAGACUUGGAACAGCUGAGGCUAGAGAAUCAGAAACUUAAGGAGCUGGUCACAGGAGGAGCAGCGGUGUCAUCGGCUGCGCUGCCAUCUGAUACAGAGGCUUCAGAGGCCAAAGACGAGCCAGUUAAGGAGGAAUCUGCUGCUGUUCGACCUAAAAUGGAGGCCACCACACCACAGAAGAGUGGAAAAGCUGCAGAGAAAACCCCAACUAAACCAUGUGAUGUAGAGGUGUAUGAAAAGAAGAUCAGGCUUUUGGAGAAGCAGAGAAAGGAUGUUCUGGAGGUGAACAAGCAGUGGGACAUUCAGUGGAACUCCAUGAAGUCACAGUUUGAGCAAAAGAUCACAGACCUCAGGCAGCGGUUAGCAGAGUCCCAGAAAACUGUGGUGGAGCUGGAGGCCGAGCGGGAACAGAGGCAACGUGACUAUGACAAGAAGCUGCUGCUGGCCAAGUCCAAGAUUGAAAAUGUGCAGGGGGAGAAGGAGUGUUUAAACUCUGAAACUGCUGAGCUGAAGCAGAAGGUUCGCUACCUGCAGGAUCAGCUGCUGCCUCUCAGUAAGCAGAGAGAGUAUCAAGAGAAGGAGAUCCAGCGCCUCAACAGGGCCUUAGAGGAAGCCUUAAACCUGCACUCCCCUUCAUCUGCCCAACAACCUCCUGGCCAGGGAAACUUUGCAGAUGCAGCCAACAACCUAAAAAAACAGGAACUGCUCACUCAGAUAGCUGUACUAAAAGAACAGGUGAAAAUCUUUGAGGAGGACUUUAGAAAAGAAAGGAGUGACCGGGAGCGAAUGAACGAGGAGAAAGAAGAUUUGAGGCGGCAAGUAGAGAGGCUCCAGGGUCAGAUUACUAAUUUGACGAAUCAGCUUCAUCAAGCGCAGAACGAGUGUCAGAGAGAACGUACAGAAAGAUGUAAGCUGGAGAGACUUCAGAUGCAGCAUCACAAACAGGGGCAGCAUCAGGAAAGACGUACCUCAGACCCCACGUCAGGCUCAGUGAACAGCCCGCUGAGCCCUCCCUACUGUGGUCCCUUUGUACAGGUGGGAACGCAGGGCCUCGAAGGUUGGCCCCUACACUUCCCUCCCCGGAUGCCCAAUGCAGCAGGCGCCACAGCCGCAGCCGCCGCAGCACCACCCCCUACUCGAGACUUCCAGCCUGUAACCCCGGGUUUUCCUUGGCAAAUGUCAUUCCCUCCACCUCGAGGGGCCAGAGCAGUAGGAGAGAGUUCAAGACCACCACCAGAGAACGCAGAUCAGUCAGCAGCAGCAGCCACGGCAGCAACAGGGUUUGGAAAAAGGGAGAGACAGAACAUGGACCCUGGAAAGCACUAAAGCAUCACUGUACCCACUUACUGGAGUCUGGGUUGUAGCAUGAAAUUGAUUUGUUUUUGAGUUGACAAGAUGUGAUUGAUCUAUAAUUUUCCUACUGAACUGUAGAUAUCUUAUUGUAAUGUUGUUUAUACUUGCGUUUUAUAAGGCUAUUUGUGAAACACUUCGCUAUUCUGAAUAUAUAUACAUGAAAUAUUUAGAUUUUUUUAUCGGGAACUUAAGUAAUUUGUUAAAUAGGUCAGAAUAAUUAACAUUGCUCUUUUUCUUUCUUUCUUUGACAUAAUAUACCUGUGUGAUUGAUUGUCUCUCUGCAAGUAUAUAACAACUUCAGAGUUUACUUGUAGGGUUACUGGAAGUCAUUCCCCAAUACAACUAAGACAAUAUAUAUUCAUUCCAGCAAUGAGUGACUAUAUAGAUACACUGAGUCAUAGAAUUUACAAUGUGAAUGUUAAUUGAUUUACGAGGAAUUUAUACAGUGCCAUCGAUGUUAUAGAGCUGUCCAAUAUGUGUAACUGUUAAAAAGUGGUUGUUGAAAUACAAAAAAUUGGGGAAAUGAAUUUUGAUGGUAUCAUACCAGAAACAUGAUUAUAAUUUAUUUAUAACCUGCUGUUUUGAUAGUUACAUUGAUUAAGUGUAAACCAUUGUCUUUAGUAAUGCUGUUCUUCUAUGUUGUUAGUGUAAUCACAUAUUGUAGCUAUUGACAUUGUAUGUUUGUAUCAGAUACAAUACACAAUGCACAGAACAUACACCUUUUUUCCCCCCCUUUCUUUCCAUGAUAAUGGACCUAAUCUCAUUAAACAACACUUCUACUUGGUUUCACCACUCAUUCUGAUAUUUAUGCUCAUUUAACUGCAUCCUGUUCACUUUGGCCCCAACAUACAGCAUCUUUAGGUUCCAGCAGCAAAAUGUCAAGGCUGCAGCGGUGACUGCUCUCCUCUUCACACCUGCUAUGUAACAAACUUACUGAGGUAAAAUGAUUGCACCAGUUUGUGAACACACCCCAUGUUACAGCAGUAACAUGAAAUUUGUAUUACAAUAUAAUACCUGCCAGGUUGCCAGGCUUUGCUAGAUAUCCCCCAUUGGCAACUAGCAGCACUGCAAAUUAACCUGCAAAAACGCUGUAACACAGCCCUGAUAGCAUACACAGGACACUUGUACUUUGAUCGAAUCUCACAAAUCAAGACCUGCCUAAUUACACCAAACACCUGUUAUUUCCUUAGAAUAGUAUGUUUCAAGUAGUCAGACGAAGGGCUUCAAAAUGUAUGGAUAUGACUUUGGGAAAAUGCUCGAUUUAAAUAUCACAAGUUUAAAAGAAGUAACGGGGAACAGCCCUGAUAGGUGAGAGCUGACAUGAGAGAUUAACAGACUUGCACUUUGAAGGGUACGCUGUAAUUAUUGGCAGUUGUAUUUUUCUGGUUUGUAGCCUUUUUUUUCUUUUUCUUUUAUUUUUUGCUAUAGGCAAAAAGCACAUGUGAGACUUUUUGUAUUUGACUGGCUUAAUAAAUCUAUUCUGAAUGUC